AUGACGAUCAACAAAGUCCUAGGUCAAUCACUCGAUUGUGUUGGCGUCGAUCUCUCCCUGCAUCCCGUCUUCACUCAUGGCACGACCGCCGGAUCUCUCCCUGCAUCCCGAAUCCGCCCACGACCGCCGAGCUCGCUAACCUGCUGGCGUCGGGGCUGGACGUCAUUUUUCAAUUUGGCAAGGCCGGCGUCUUCAUUCGCAAUAUAA